CUUCUGCUUCGUGGCUUUUUUUCUUUUUUCCUGUCCUUACCUAGAACUUCUUUCCCCUCGCCAACCUCGACUUUCUUGCAGGUUCACUUGCCAUCGCCAGUCUCACGAGCGGAACUUUACCUACAAUCACCUUCCCAUCGCGGUUUGGCUUCAAGCUUCUACCACGCUACUCUAUCAGUAGCUCUUAAUCGGGCCUUCAAAAACGCAUGCUUUUUCGCAGCAUCAACCAUUACCAAUCGCAACUGAGCCCAGUCGGUCACCAAGGGCGCAAGGAUUUCGCAAAUUCGCAUCAACGGAACCACCUAGCUUCCUCAAGGCGCGAGAAGUACAGGCCACAGAAGCGUUCCAUCUCAACCAAUCUCCCAAUGCCGUCCGUCAUCAACAACGAGAUGGCGACUCACGAUGACGAGUCAUCGUUGAGUUUGUCAACAGAGUCAUCGAUCGGUAUGUUUUCCCCUUCUUACACAGUCGAUCUCUACAUGGCUCAAUUACCUUUGCCUACGACGCGUCGUCGCACGGGCUCUGGGCUUGAUGUUUGCUUAGUGAAAGAGAAGAACAAAAGAAAACAAAGUCCCUGAGCGAGAACAGUGGCUACAACAGAACGACGAGGCAUCCGUCGAGUCACUAUGCGCACUGCAACGGAGUGGCAUCCGAGAUACUAAAGACACCAACACGGAGUGGCAUCCGUCAAGAUACCAAAACAGGCACUUGUCAAAUACUCAGCAGACUCAAGCAUCUAUCUACCAAUGAAAACCAGAAAUUCACUCACGACGUUCUCAACGCAUUCACGUAAAGAAAUGCAGUUUGCGACAUGGUGUUUGUUUGAUGAGCGUAUCACACUUUUGUGCGUACUAACUCUAGUUGUUAAGUCAAUGGUGGAGGAUCGCAGGUCAAUACCCCGUCUGACGCCUCCGACUUUGGAGACACCAAAAGACAGUACCACACGAGUAUUACGCCGACUCGUGCUUCACAGAGCUACCCCGUUGGUAUCAUGGCUUCUGGCACCACACCGAAGACCAGCCUGCAGCGCCGUUCCGUCACGUUCGUAGAGCCGGACCCGCCGGCCAGAGAGCAUUCCCGGAUCACGUACACCAUGGUCAGCAACACGCCUCCUUCCACGCCGAAGGAUGAUGCGUUCGACGCUCAGUACCUUUAUCCGCCGAGCGCUUGUGUGUUUGUGGCAAACCUUCCUGAGGCUCGGGAGGACGAGGAUCUCAACGCCGCGGUUACCAAGGAGUUCAGUUACUUUGGAUUAGUAUACGUCAAGAUUCGCCGUGACCCCUCCAACAUGCCAUUUGCGUUCUGCCAGUAUACAGAUGAAAACCAUGCGAAGGACGCGGUGGUGAACGGGAAGGGUAUUAUGAUCCUUGGUCGACCUUGCCGAACCGAGAUGGUCAAAGCCAACCGUACCUACGCAAUCAACAGACGUGAUCACAGAGACAUCACUGUCCACCAAGCCAUGCGCGUGCUCGAAGCUUAUGGAGAGCUGAACAAGUGCUACGUCUUGCCCGCCGAACUUCAGCAGGAACUUGGGCUUCCCCCGACUGUCGUCGCGGGGUUCACGGUUUUUGACCCGACUCGGGACAUGGGCCUUGUCGCCAAGGAGAACCCAGACUACAGGAUCGUGCCGUACGAUGAGGACAAAAAAUCCAUCACCCCGCCUCGCGAUCCAAACAAGGAAUUCCUCAGGCAGUACGACGUCGAUCGGCGAACUUUGUAUAUCGCACACAUGCCGCGGGACGUUGAGGAGACAGAACUGGAGGAUCUGUUUAGUCAGGCCGGCACCAUCAACAAGUGCACCAUCGUGCGAAAGGACAUUCCUGCUUACUAUGGCGCCCGCCAACACCAUCACCACUAUGCUUUUGUCGAGUACGAGCAUAUCGGUGCUCCAGAUGAAGCUAUCAAGCGUUUUAGAGGGUUUGCAUUGCGCGGCCACCCAUUGAAGGUCGAACGGAAGACCACCAAAAGUGUUCGUCGAAUGGUCUCGUCUCCCUUGACUGGCAGAGCUCCUGCUUCUUCCGACACGUACAGAGGCGACCCUCGGACUCCCAACACGCCGUCGAGAGCCUCUUUUGCUCACAGAUCCGCCAUGAAACAAUCGAGCGUCCCUGAAAUUGCGACCCAAGGGCCAGAGUCAGCUCCUUUGUUGCUGGCUUACUCAUCUGAAGGAUCGCCCACCCAGCGCAAGAAUAUCCACGUAGCUCACGACUGCCACUUCACGGAUGGUCCUGCCAUGAAGGACGCUUCUAUCCAGAGAGCCUCGACAAAGCAGCAUACUGUCAAGCCUUUCAAGUCGAUGCCCAAUUUCGCUGCACAUGGCGUUCACGGUGAUGCCAUUCCUGCCAACAAAGUCGCCGCUAGUGUCUUUUCAGGACCUUCUGCCAAUAGAGGCACCGGUGACGCCGUGCCGGGACCCCAACUUACAGCUCUGCCUCAUCCCACGGCCGAUGUGAACGGUAGACCGAUCCACCCCAUGCAGCCGUUGCCCAUCACCUCGUGGGAUCAGCCCCAGCCCGCGUACCCACACGUUGGCUAUGUCCCGGACUGGCAUAUGCACGCGUACAUGGCUGGAAUGCCCGGCACUGGCCCGGCCUUGCCUCCCAAUGUCCAGCAGGCGCCUCCUGAUCUGGUCAUGCACAACUGGACUCCAGAGUUUGCGCCGCCCAUCCCCCUCGAAUGUGUUCCUUAUGGCUUUGUCCAUUCGCACUUUGCCUACCAUCCCAUUACGGGACAGCACUGUGCCGUUUGGAUCCCAGCGGCUGCCCACCAUCCCACGGUGUUUUGAGGAGAUGGAAGCCAUCUCGACUGGUCCAUCUUUGCCGACUCGGUUGUCGCUCUCGGGUGCGAGCUUUCCACAGUGCCUACAGUACUCGGGGCUUCCCUACUUCGUUUCGACGACUUUGAUGGUAUACCUUAACGCUCCACACCUAUUUCUUUGGCGUUCUCCAUGGUGUCUUGAAAGGUAUGGGCUUCUUUGGUAUACCGAGAUGGACCACUGAUAACGCAUCGGCAUGUUUCUCGAUUUUAGUCAUUUUCUUAUUCGCCAUGGCCGUAUCUUUCUUCUCGAUUAUGUUUCAACCAUAACUCAACAUGUUUCCGGGAGCUUGUCAAAACUAUCGGUUUUGGUCAGGCAUUGGGUUCGACGUUUGGCUUAUGCGGCGUUCUUCCUUGGAGUCGGGCGAUAGGGUCAUUUGCAGCGACGUGAGCAUAUGCUGGUUUCGGCGCUUGGUGGUUAUACCCUGGUUGUGUUUUGCUGGUUGUGUUUUUCUGGUUGGUGUUGGUUGGAAGAACGGUUGAUCUGACCCGGCUGUUCUCGAUGAUUGUGAGUACUUUCACGUGGUUAGCGUUGACGCAGCCUGAUGUCUGCGUCCGCCUGGAUUUGUUUAAUCAAUGUUGGAAUCUGAAUAUUGGCCAGAAAGUCUUCUUUGGUAGCCUGAGUGUUCUCAAGUCUACUCAAGCGGCCAAUACUAAACCAGGCGUGGACUUUUAGCGGACAACAGCCAGGACUAACCUAAGGGGUAUCCAGGCAAUAGUUCCGAGUCACACGGGGAGACUGACUGGUUAAAUAUGGUUGGGAAUGUCGGCAAUCUCUUGUAUUUGGAAGCAGAGGAAGAGUUGUUUUCUGUGUCCUGGGUAAACCUCGUAUCUGGUUGUCGCAUAGCUACUCGACUGCUACCAUUUCCACAUUUCCUGAGAUAGCCCCCAGUCCGAAUAGAUAGAAGAACGAGACAUUUAUCGCGCAGCAACUGUGCUAUUCAGACGCUGCACUCUCCGC